ACACACACGCGGUAAAAUUGGCAAUUGCCUGCGUUUGUCGAGUGUGCUGACGCUAAUAGCGAGGGGUUGAAUGAAACGAGAAGGAUUUGUGGUGAGCACUUUAUACAGUUCUGCUUCACGACGUGUCUGGUCAUUUUCGCAGAGAGACAUAAAAGCAAGCACAGGUAGCGCGCUGCACAGUAUUUUAUCAACACCGUAUUUUGACGAACGGACGAAAGUACAACUGACGAUUUGGCAACAGCAGAAACUUUCUUUAUUUGGAAAAGUAGCAGUUUACAAAUUAUUGUCGCAAGUUUAAGGUGUCAAUCAUGCUGCGUCGUUUGGUCGGAGUUUUUGUUGCUCUAUUUAUUGCUGAAUGUUACUGCGUAUUGCCUCCACGCGGUUAUUUCACGAGGGUUGGACGCGAGAGAUACGGCAGUGGCAGCGGUCCUGGAAACAGAACUGAUUUCAGAACUUGGCUUGAAAGCCAGAGAAGGGACGAAGAUGAUGGCAGUGCUGGAAGUGGUGAUGGUGAUGAUGAUGGCGAGGCCACUCCAGUUCCUUUAGACAACGAUUGUGAUAAAAUGAUUGAUAUAUCAUUCAUUCUGGAUGCCUCAGAGAGCAUUGGUCCUAUCGGCUUCCGAUUGAUCAAAUCUUAUACAAAGAAAAUCGUGAACGAACUUGAUCUGUCAGAUUGUGACAAUGUCGGUGUUAUCAAAUUCUCGGAUUACGUGAGCUCGGAAACGUUUCUUGGAACGCGUGACACGAAAUCAAAAAUGUUUGCGCGGAUUGAUGGCUUGAAAGACCCAGAGAAGCUCGUCCGCGAUGAAGUAAACAAAUCGAGAAUUCCUUUAGCUUUGUUUUUCGCUGACGAAUUUGUGUUCACGCGUCAGCUUGGGUCAAGACCAACGUCUAAAAAGUAUAUAGUGCUGAUGACAGACGGUAAACAACCAGAACACGGAAUUUCUAACCGAAGUCUGACCCUCGAAAUUUUGGUGAAACGAUUGACCAAGAAGGACAUCAAUAUCAUGGUGGUUGCGAUAGGAGAAAAUCCCUCCUAUGACGAGCUUGCCAAAUUCACAAAGCAACGGAAUAUAUUUCCACAGCGACGGUUUAAUGAUCUAUUGAACCAUUUGGUGCCCAAAGAAACUCACCCAAAUGGAUUAAACAAUAUGGCCACGGAUUUCUUUGUGGAGGAGGAAACCCAAGCAGAUGAAAUAAAUAGCGACAACUUUGGGAACUAGGAAUUUCAAGUUCUUCUCAAAGUUAUUUCAUACAUAGACAACCUGAAGUGUAUCUCAGUCAGUAAUGAGUCACAAUGCGAUAAUGUGUAUCUUGGUGUAAUUAGAGACAAACAGACAAUUCGUCUUUAAAUUUUUGUAUUUCAGAAUAUAUAUAAAAGGAAAUAUAUAUAAAUUA